AUGAACAAACGACCUGUGAACGGUGCACCAUUCAGUAUCCAAGGUGUCAAUCGAGGUUUGAAUGCUCGCGAAGAAACAAAUGCAACGUCGUCUCCUCAAACGAACGGAAGAGUUAUUUGUGAAAAACAACAACUUCUCGCUUGUCCUUAUUUCCAAAAUAACAAUGAACAAAUCAAGUUGUUGAAUCUGCAGAAGAAUUGUAUUUCCAAAAUAAACAAUCUCGAACAUUUGAUUAACCUUGUUGUUUUGGACUUGUGUGACAACGAGAUUGAAUUGAUUCAAGGUUUGGACAAUUUAGCUUCAUUGCGAAUUCUUCGACUGGGAAAUAAUAAAAUUCGGCAAAUAAAAAACCUCGAUGCAUUGACACAACUUGAUGUACUUGAAUUGAAUGGAAAUCAAAUUUCUCGAAUUGAAAAUUGUAAACAUUUAACUCGAUUACGCGUAUUUAAUCUAGCAAACAAUCGAAUAGAAAAAUGUGAAAAUCUACACUUUUUACAAAAUCUUGUGGAACUUAAUCUUCAAGGAAAUCUGAUUGCAAUCGUGGGCGAUCUGGAAAAACUACCCAUUCAACGCCUCUUUCUAAAUCACAAUAAAAUUCAACGAUAUGAAGAUAUGCGCUGCGUUUCAAGAAUUAGUACAUUGAAAUUUUUAUCACUGGAAGGUAAUCCAUUACCAUCGGCAGCUUCGUACGAACAGAUUAUCCUAUCGCAAACGGAACAUGCUGCGAUGAAAGGCGAUCCUCGUCUACCGAUGAGUGCUGAUCAUCGGGUGAAUCGUAUUAUGAGAUUGCAGCAAAGUACGACGCCGACUGAUAUGACAGGGAAAACUCGUGACCGACGAGCUCUUGAUGUUCUUUCUGGUCCGCAAGAUUCGUUGAGUGAACGAAGUGAUACAGAUAUUGACUCAUGCAGAUCACGUGCAUCGUCAGCCCUGAAUCGAACGUCAUCAGUCCCACUCUCGAGAACUUCGAAUAAAUCAACAUCGGAACCAACGACUCCAGUUCCAAUGGAAACCAAAUUAAGUCCGAUUAUUCACGAACGAUCAUCGUUAGCAAAAAGUUUAGUACAAUCAGCUAUUGAUGAUGCGUUCCGAAAAGAAUCGUUAACUAUUCAAUUAGAGCGGUAUUGGCCAGUACUUUUUGCAAAAAUUAUGAAUGAUGAAAACUGA